AGGUCCGGGUGUUUCGUCUGCGGAUCUGUGGUGUUUUCUGUGUUGCGGCAUUGUUGUGGAUCUAGAAAUUGCUUCAGGAUGCCGGUGUCACGUUUUGCCAGCCGGCUUCGGAAAGAUUCGAGCACUGAAAUGAUUAGAACUACCUUGGCUCACAGAAAGUCGCUGUCUCAGAAGGAAAACAGACAUAGGGUGUAUGAACAAAAUAGACGCUUUGGUUUGAAGAAUGUCAACAUUCCACUGGAAGGGAGAGGCCUUGUUAAUAUACAUGAGACAUCUCAAGACACUGCUCCAGAAAAGUCCAGCUCCAAAACAAGGUCGGAGACAGUGGCUCUGAGUGAGCAACGGAAGCAGCUCCUUCAGAAAUACAAAGAAGAAAAGCAGCUUCAAAAGUUGAAAGAACAGCGAGAGAAAGCCAAGCGUGGAGUGUUCAAAGUGGGUCUCUACAGGCCUGCUGCACCCGCCUUUCUUGUCACCACAGACCAGAGGGCUGCGAAAGCUGAGCCAGAAAAGGCUUUUCCAUAUACUGGGCGGAUUACAAGAUCAAAGGCCAAGGAGCAUAUGGAGCAGACUAAGACUGGUAGCAGGAAUGUUCCUCAAGCAACCAAAUUUGACCAAAGACAAUUUUCUGAAAAAAAACCAUUAGACAGAGAGAAGAAAGUUGUGCAGCCCAUGGUUUCCACGGCAGGGAAAGCGACUGCAUCAGGGACUGGAUCAGCAGCUACUCAGAGGCCCAAGCAGAUGACCCGAACAGUGUCCUCUACCACAAGAAAGCCAGUCACAAGAGCCACUAAUGAGAAUGAAUCAGAAAGAAUGGGACCAAGUAGAGGGAGACCUGCCAAGAAAGCAGAAGGCAAGCUGGACAAGGUUAUUUCUUCCAAAGUUGAGUGUGAAGAAAAGCAUUUGGAUCCGCAGACCAGUGCGACAAAUGAACCGGAUCCGGGCGGAGUCUUCCAAGAAAUGGAAAACUUGCCUGAGACAGUCCCUGCAAAAGUGAAAGAAAGGAAGUCCUUUGCCCCCAAGCACUGUGUCUUUCAGCCCCCAUGUGGUCUGAAGACCUACCAGAUGGCUCCCCUGAGUCCUAGAAGUGCCAGCGCUUUCUUGACACCCAGUUGUGAUCAGAAGUGUCUAAGACCAGAAGUCACUACAACUCAAGACAAACCAGAUGAAAUCUUCGUACAGCAAAAAUUGGAUUCAGUGACAGACUGUAGUAAAGAACAUGACUUAAAUCAGAAGGUCGCUUCUACUUCAAAUUCAGAUCACCUUUCAGUGAAAGGAGUGACAUCAUUUGAAGUGAGCGAAGGUCAGACAUCUCAGCCCCAGCAUGACGUGCCAUAUUUCAGAAAUAUCCUCCAAUCAGAAACUGACAGACUAACCUCACGCUGUCUGGAGUGGGAGAAGAAGCUGGAACUGGACAUUCCGGAUGAAGCUAAAGAUCUUAUCCGCACAGCAGUUGGUCAAACAAGACUCCUUAUUAAGGAGAGGUUCAGACAGUUUGAAGGACUGGUGGACAAUUGUGAAUAUAAACGAGGCGAGAAGGAGACGACCUGCACAGAUCUGGAUGGAUUCUGGGAUAUGGUUAGUUUUCAGGUCGAUGAUGUAAACGGAAAGUUCAACAACCUGAUCAAACUUGAGGAGUCUGGAUGGAAAGACAAUAAUCCAAGCAAAAAAGUCCUCCGGAAAAAAAUUGUGCCUGGUAGAACUGGCAAAGCAAAACAGGAUGAUGAUGGGCGAGCAGCAGCUAGGAGUCGUCUCGCCGCCAUAAAGAACACAAUGAAAGACAGGCUGCGACAGGAAGCCCAAGCCCACACGGCAGCUCCAGAGACACCAAAGGAAGUUGACAAAAUAGUGUUUGAUGCUGGGUUUUUCAGAAUCGAGAGUCCUGUUAAGUCGUUCUCAGUACUGUCUUCUGAACGUCAUUCUCAAAGAUUUGGAACACAUAUGUCUGCCAGCAAAGUUGUACCUGAGGGCCGGGCUGCAGGGGCUCUUCUAAGACAGAAGACACCACUGAAGAAACCUGACCCUCAGAGCAGCAAGGGUGAGGAUGUUGAUCGGACGUUUUCAGAUCGUCUUGAAAGCAGAUGCAGCCAUGUAGAAGAUGCCCUGUGUCCUGGAGAACAAGAUUCAAGUGAAAUAGAGCAUGAUGUAAAUAAGAUAAAUGUCAAGAUGGAUUGUUUCUCUGUUGAAACGAUGAAUUUGCCUCUUCCUGCUGGUGAUGCUGAUACUAACCAAAAAGAAGCAGCCUCAGCUGAGGAAGGAGUGGGUUCCGCAGUUACCUCCCAGGAUGUGCUGAUGAGUAACCCUGAGACAAGUGCCUGCUCACAGAGGAACUCCUCACAAGAAGCAGCUGAGGUGUCCCAGUCAGUACUGUUACAUAAAAGCCUCACUUCUGAAUGCCACCUUCUUGGUCCACCAGGCCUCAGCUACACCAGCCCCUGCACUGAGGAGACAAGACUGCGAGAUCGCGGCAGACAGUUCUCCUUUGGAGGUGACCUCAUUGUCUUCUCACCACUAAGACCUUGAAGAGAAGAGAACAGCAAGAGGACUUUUAAUUUAAACAUAACUGCAAACAUUCUUUUCUUCACAUUGUUAAUUCUCUAAUACAUCUCUUUUUUUAUUAAAUAUCAAAUAUUGUAUAAAUCAAAAGGGGAGGCAAUCUCCUCAUGGAAGGGUGCCUCUAUUAUAAUACACACAAACUACCAUAAUCCUAGAGAAGAA